UCCUGCUCCUCCAGUGCACAGCUCACGGGGUACUUUCACAUAUCCCUCUAUAUUGAACAAAAAACAUACUGGAAUUCUCAGCGUCACUCCAGUGAAUCGCAGCACGCCCAAACAGCGGACCUCCCUCUCUUCCUCCCUGGAUGUCCAGAACCAGAGGCCAGUCAACCACAGCUGUGAUCCCUCCGAGGUGAGCUCGUCCCUGGGCUACGCCAGCAUCAGCACCAGCCCCCCUGCCAGCCCGCCAGUCAGCCCCAACCAGGACUCACCCGGCUCCAACGACGACUGCCCCCUCACAGACGACGGGCCGUACCAGCAGAACCCUCCCCCCGCCUCUUCCAAUACACUCCCACUACCAGACGACGGGCCGUACCAGCAGAACCCUCCCCCCGCCUCUUCCAAUACACUCCCACUACCAGACGACCGACGACAAAGCCUCGUCCCCGUAGAGUUCGCCGGCCUCCUCCACGGCUCCUCGCCGGCCUGCGAGACGCCCGACACACCCUACCACCUCUACACCUCCAACACCAACCCCAAAGCCCGAAAACACACCCCCUCGGACCCCCACACCAGCCCGGUAACCACGCUCGGUAACCACGGCAAUCUCGCUUCGGUAACCCAGCCCUUUGAAUUAGGAAUUGGACUGCCACCGCCCCUCAUUAUCCCUCACACAGGAAACGAGGCGUUGGCUCUGAAGACCCCCAAAGACCCCCUCAAAGACGACAGACCCCCCAAACCUCAGGUAGUCUAUCGCACCAUCUUCCACACCCGGGUUAACCAGAACCCCCAGAGCGCCUCGCCCUCCUUCUCCUCGCCGUAUGGUUGGAACAGGGAGGCGGUGGUGGUGAGGGGGGGUGUGUCGGGAGCUGGCGGACCYAGGGAGGGGRCACCGGSKWCUGGRUACGAGGACAGGGCCUUUACCCUGGGCAGGAUGAGAUCCAUACCUCGCAGUGUGCUGGACCUAAAGCUCUCCAAGUCACUGUCCAAGUCUGACUCCAACCUGGUGGCUGUGUCGCCCAUACAGGAGGAGUACCACUGGGGGUCGGGGCCCGGGGGCCAGGGGCCGAGAGGAAGCCCAGGGGACACCGCCAGUCCUGGGGGCCAGCUAGAGAGAACACCCUCCUUCACUGCUGAAUGGGAGGAGGGUAAAAGGCCCUGUCCUCGUAACCCAGACACCGGUGCCCUCCUAGGUCCGGCCCUUCCCGACACAACUAAACCUCCAUCCACCACCCGUAACUGGCCUCCCUGUUCCACCAUCGAUCCGGCGAAGGAGAAGGAGGGCGAGGCGCUCUGGGGGUUCUGGUUAACCCCGGGUGUGGAAAUGGUGUGCGAUAGACUUAACCUGAGGUUGGGGGGUCGUCGUCUUUGA